AAGAAAGGACACUCUACAAAGAUACUGAAAAGGGUUAAACUUUAAUUGGUUGGAUUACUGUUAUUUAAUUUUGAUAAUUUCUAAGUGGUUUUGAUAUUCAUUUAUUGUUUCUGCUACAGAGAAUUGUUAUUUUUUAUUUUUUUGUUGAUUGUUAAAGGGUAUACUAUUGGUGUAAAAUAACCUAGAGGUUUAAUUGGAUAACACUAAUUAUAACAAUACUUACCUUUAAUUAAUAAUUCAUCAGACAUAGAAGGAAGAAAUAAUUAAUUAGUUAUAAAAUACCUAUAAAUAGAUUAAAAUAAUACUUACCUUAACUGCAUAAAUACAUCUAAAAUAAAGAACACCGGUGAUUAGUGUGGAGAAAUAAUAGUAAUUAGUAUAAUAUUAAAUAUACAGAGUGAAAUACAAAGGGAAUACUUACCAUUUUUUUGUAUUGGUGACCAAGGUUAUUGAAGGUUGUUUGAAUUUCUUUUGGAAAACCAGUAACUGUGAAUUGUUUGUUUAUUUAUUUUCAGAAUUUAUUUUUGUUAGUGUUUUAUUUAUCUACUGGUAUUGAUUCUGACAUUUUAAUACAUGUUAUUGCUGCCCAAAUUCUGGUCUCAUUUCUUCCAUGUGUAUUGCUCCUAGAGCGAACCUAACUGGUCCUAGAGUUAUCCUAAUUAUUUUAUCAAGUAACACUCAUUGUAGUGGUCGUGUAAUUGGGUCUAUAUAUCUGUGGUGCUACAUUUGUAUAUUGGUUAAACAUUAUAUUUAAGGUCCGAAUAAAAACGACCGCUGUGAGAACUGCCUUGUUCUUUGUUUACUUCCGUUCAGAGGGGGAGCCAAGACAUGACGUGGACAAAGUGGGCGGGACUGGACGCGCUGGACGUCCAACUCCGCCUUCCCGCAGGCUGCAGUCAGUACUUGGGAUUAGCCAGGCUCGCUGAUGGCGGACACGUGUGGCCAAGUACCCCUGGGGUCCGGGCUAACGGUCCUUUCCCACCCGCUUAUGUACAUCAAGGUGCUGGUGCAGGUGGGACAUGAACCUCUUCCACCCACUCUAGGCCGGAAUUUGUUUGGCAGACAGGUGUAUCAGCUUCCAGGCCUAUUUGCUUAUGCAAAACACAUAAUAAAGAUCGAUGGAAAAUCCGGCCUGUUCAACGGCCUCGCCCCCAAUCUUGUUGCAAGGACCAUUGGCACUGUUGUUCAGAGAAAAGUGUUGCAGGUUAUGAGCAGUAGCCAGAAGAAAGAGGAAGGCUCGUUGCCACAUGUAAUCAAUGAGACAACCAAGGAGAUGAUCGCACGCUCCUGUGCCACAAUAGUCACACACCCAUUCCAUGUGAUCACCCUUAGAUGCAUGGUCCAGUUUAUUGGAAGAGAAGCAAAGUACAGUGGUGUCUUUGACUCCAUCAUCACAGUCUACAGAGAAGAGGGAAUCCUUGGAUUUUUUGCUGGCCUCAUCCCACAUCUUGUUGGGGAUGUUCUCUCUCUGUGGAUCUGCAACUUGCUUGCUCAUCUCAUCAAUACAUACGCAAUAGAUGACUCAAUGAGUCACACAGAUGAAAUAAAGAACUGCUCCCAGGCUGUGACCGGGUUUUUCGCCAGUAUGCUGACAUAUCCAUUUCUAUUGGUGUCCAACCUGAUGGCAGUUAAUAACUGUGGGUUGGCUGGCGGUCUACCACCCUAUGCUGCCGUUUACCCCACCUGGCUUGACUGCUGGAGUCACCUAAGCCGGGAGGGCAAUAUGAGCAGAGGCAACAGUUUAUUCUUCAGAAAGUUACCAGCGGGGAAGACAUAUGCCAUUGAACAGAAGCGAUUUUUCUGAAUGGGACGCCAACAGUGUAGUCUUUAAUUGUGUUAAUAUAAAUGAAUUGGCCUGAUGGCCUUGGUCUGGGAACUCCUAAUCCUUUGUAUGCACUUGUUUACGAUUACUUUUUUUUUUUUUUUUUUUUUUUAAUAAUCUGUUUUGGUCAGCUUCUAAAAUUAUUGUUACAUCUUACAGAAGUUUUUUUUUCUCUCCAUUUUGUUCACCAAAAGUUUGAUUUAAGAACAUACAGAGAUUUAUUUUAAUAUGUAGAGAUUUGUAUACAUACCCUGAGAAAACAGACCUCAGUGGAAGUGUUUUAAAAUCAGACCGGCUUUUGACAGUAAAUAAUAAAGAGCCAAAAUACAAUGCCACUGAAUCGCCCUAAGAAAAAACAAAUAAAUGAAAUAAAUAGAUUUAAACAGUCUCUCUUAACCCCGUUCCCAUUGCUUCCUGUAUCUGAUGGGAAGGAGCUUAUGACUCAUGUACUUGUUGCCCAGCCAUCAUCCAUACUGACUGACUGACAGACUGAUUGACUGACCGAUUGAUUGAUUGAUUGUUGGACUAAUAGAAAAGUUUCUCCUGUGCUGGAAAUGUGCAUGUAGCUGUUGAACUGAGUUUUGUUUAAUGGCAGCCUGGCUGUCUGCCUGCUGCCUGUGUAUGCCCACGUGUGUUCUCAUGCAGCCCAAGAAGCUGAGGCUCAUGUGAGUGUGGGUCCAGGUUUGGGCCGUGGAGGAAACGCCCACAAACAGCUGAAACGGGUAGGAGUCUAUGAAGUCCACUGGGACGAGCAAGGUGUGGUAGGAACUCCCUCUCCCUCCUCCUGCUCUCCUCGGCUCCUUACCUGUUCAGAUGCAGUCGGGUCGUAUAUUUGUACUAACAUUCUAUUUGAUCCAAAUAAAUUUAAGUAUGCCUUU